AUGGCCACCCGAAGAUCGCAUGCCUUGAAUCCGUGGAGCAACUCCGCAGGUUUGCCUAUGUGUGAGGCCCCAGAGAUCACAGACGGUGAGCCAGAUGUCAUGAUCGAAGUCGCAGAGUCGCAUUCUGAGACCAGAGACUCCCCUGAGAAAGGCAAAGCCGAGUCGUUCCAAGAAUUGAUCACUAGUGCGCACCUCUUGUCCAACACAUUGCAAGGCACCUGA